ACGCUGAUGAUGCAAUCGACGUGGCAUACAAGACAAAUAAAAUGCUCGCAAACCACGAAAGAUCGCUGAAAGAAAAGGAGGGUUGUUCAAGGAAACAAGCAGACCUUCUGCUGCGAUCUGAGGGAAUCACUGCCAUUUUGGCUUCAAUGUUUCUGAAACAAUUUUAAUAAUCGGAGUAAACGGAUAUGAUUCCUCAGUUUUUCUCUUUAAAAUGAUACUAGAUUGGAACCUAAGUCGACCAUAAACUGGGCUACUUAGACCUCUCGGGGUUUACAAGAAAGGGUUUUUUUGGUUGUUAGUAUUUGUGAUUUUGCUGCGAUCUCGAAAAGCUCAUAAGGUUGAAUCUGUACAUAAGAGUGGAUUGCUUUAACUGCUUGUUCAGCCAUUUAUGGAAGAAUACAGAAUGAUGGAAUAGGACACAGUCUGUGCAUGGUCAAUUGGUGAAAAGGGCUUCACAUUUCAGUGUUUUGACAUGAAGUUCCUCUCAGUCAAAGAGAUUAAUGAAACUAAAACUAUCCUUCAAACUUUGUGAUUGAAAACACUGUAAAUAGUUGGCUAACAUUUGGCAAAUUUUAGAAUCACUGAGAAAGCUUGGAGAUGGCUUAAGAGUGAGCAAAACCUGGACCUGAAUUUUCGGAUCUAUAAGAUGAAGUUAUUCAUCAUUCGGAGCUUUCACGUAUAAGCAUUAGUUUAGCUGGUGCUGAAAUACGACCUAGUCAAGAUGGGGUCAGUCUGUUGUGUAGCUGGAAGGCCGCGGGAUUUAUUGACCAAUGAGGGAGGGAGGCUUGGUCUGCGAGAGUCACAUUGGCAGUCAAAUGUAGGGCUCUCAACUUCAACAUAUCCUCAUUGGGAUGUUAAGCUACAGGGUGAAGAUGAUGUGACAGCCUUGAGUUCCAUGCGACUGCAGAGGACCCUUUCAUCAAACAGUGGAGGGAGCAGAGUUGCAAGCUCACGAUUUGUGAUCCACCAAAAUGGAAAUGUUCGAAAUGAAGGAAGCCCUUCAGAUAGUUUUCGAGCAUCUAAAUGGUCAAACUCUCCUGGUCAUGUACGAAAUGCUGAGGAUUUUGGCAGCCAACCAGAUUCAAUUUCAAGCCCAUCUGUAACACAGACAUCCUCAAAAGAGGCUAGUUAUAUGGGUGGACAUUCUCCUGGAUCAUCAACAGUCUCCAACACUCCCGAAGCCACUCCACCCCAUUUAAGCAAUUUGAACUUUUCCUCCACCCGGUCCAAAAGUCAGCCUUCUUCUUCACGUCGUCGUUCAAUUGGCAGUAAUUUAUUUUUCUCAAGGCGUCCACAUCAUUCUUCCGCACACCCGUUAUUGAGGCAAGUUUCAGAUAGUCGAAUUCAUGCACGGAAUGCACCAAAUAGCAGUCCAGUGCCUUUGUUUGAAGGAAGACACUCCUUCAAGUUAUCUGGAAGUAGUGGUGAUUCAACAGUUGGACCACAUGGUGGGGCUUCUGACUGUUGGUCUAUGCAGACAUUUUCAGAUCUUGUGGCUUCUUCUAGGAGAGAACGCUUGCGAUGGACAGAUGCUAGCAGCCCUUCUGAUUUUCGAUGGGCUCCCGGUAGGGAGAGUAUGGAUAGAGCCACAUUGGCAGCAGAAAGGAUAAGGGUUAACAGUUCACAAGCUGCAUCAGGACCAUCUGGUGGUGAUGUACAAACAUGUGGCAUUUGCUCAAAGCUUUUAACUCAAAGAUCACCAUGGAGUGCUCAGAAGAUGGUGGCCAGCAAUGAUCUUUCUGUUACUGCAGUACUUGUGUGUGGACAUGUAUACCAUGCAGAAUGUUUAGAGCAGGUUACUCCUGAAGCAUGUUCCCUAGAUCCACCUUGCCCUGUAUGUACUGCAAGUGAAAAUGUUGUUUCAAAGGGACAGAAAUUAGGAGGGCAGGUUAAUAACUGUAAGAAUAAUACAAGAGACUUAUCUUCAAAUAGCCAGUUUUCAAGAAAUAAGCUAUCUCGAAUUGGGGUUGCUAAUGAUGAUGUUCCUACUCAUGAAGGCUUGUCAAAUUUCAAGUCAUUCAAAAGCAAAAGUUGCUUAUCCAUUAAUGAUGGUAUGAAAUUGCCAUCGAGUUCCAAUGAAAAGAGUUUCUUGAAUAAAUCCUUCUCCAAAAGGCAUUUUUUCUUCCGAGGAAAAUCUUCCAAAUCUCUUAUGUCAGAUGAUUCUAUUCACAAGAAAGGAUUCUGGGGAAAGCAAGAGGGGGAUUAACUCACAUUUUUAAAUUCUAAGAAUGUAAAUUAGCAUCCUAUCAUGGAUUUGAAAAGAAUCCGUUUAAUUUAGCAGGGCUUGUAAUGCCCUUUCAAGGUUUUUUUGGAUGGAAGUAUGCUUUAUCCUCGCUGCAAUGCUACUCAACCAUAAACUCCCAGAGCAAAAUGCAUGGCCAGGGUAAGGUUUUUGAAAUAUUGUAAAAAUCCAGUAAAUGCCUGAAUAGGUUUUACUUUGGCACAAAAUUUACUCUUGUAACAAAUAAAUAGGGCUUAAGGGGUUAUUAUUUCUUUUAUUCCUUCAAUUUUAUUAUCUCUAAAAAGGUGAACAUCUUGGGGUAAACUGAUGAGUUAACUUGAUGAAUAUUCAGCUUCCAAGGCCUGGGAUGUGAGACUGCAUUACAAGUCCCUCCAGCAAGUUGCCUUGUUUUAUGUUGCUUAAUGCAUGUAUCCUAACAGAUCAAUUCCAAAAAUUGUUGUAUCAAUAUUUGGCA